GACCAGUUAACAGAUCUAAAUUGUGUUAAUAAACAACUGAGGAAAGCCUGAUGGUGAUUUUGAGAGAGUUGCUGAUAUUGUUCAGAGAUACAGAAGAGUCAUCAUUUCCUUCUAAUGGAGUUUUGGCACACAUGCUAUUUGAGUCUGUGUCCUCCCUUUGCAUCAUCAACAUGACAUCUAGCCAUAACAUUCAGUGAAAUACUGAUUCAAAGAACUUCUCAACAAUGGACAACUGUUCUGCUCUUCAUGUGCUUCUCAUGAUCUCCAUCAUGCCUGGCUGGCUAGGGGGUGACUUUAUAAUCUCAAAAAAACAGCAUGAGCUCCGGUCAAGUAAAAUCUCUCGCGGGUCCCAUCUGAGAGUGAGACGAGGCUGGAUUUGGAGCCAGAUAUUUGUUGAAGAAGAAGAUCCAACACCAAGAAAGAUUGGUCAGCUGAAAUCAGAUUACGACACAGGGGACUUUACUAUCAAGUACAUCCUCUCAGGUGAAGGAGCCAGUGAAAUCUUCAAAAUUGAUGAGUACACAGGUGACAUUUACUUAUCACAACGUCUGGACCGUGAGCUGAAACCCUUCUACAUUCUACAAGCCCAGGCCAUUAACCGCAGCUCCAAGCAGCCUGUUGAACCUGAAUCUGAGUUCAUCAUUAAAGUCCAGGACAUCAAUGACAACCCUCCAGAAUUCAUUAAUGAGCCCUAUGUAUCCAGCAUCCCAGAGAUGUGUCCCACAGGAACCACAGUUAUCCAGGUGACAGCCACAGAUGCUGAUGACCCUAUGUUUGGGAACAAUGCUAAACUCAUCUAUUCCAUCCUGGAAGGGGAGCCCUACUUCUCAGUGGAACCCAAAACAGGUAUAAUUGUGACAUCAUGGCCUAAUAUGGACAGAGAAGCCAGGGAGACAUAUCUGGUUGUGGUUCAAGUGAAAGAUAUGCUCGGACUCACCAGAGGCUACAGUGCCACAACCACCGUGACCAUCAGCCUGAUGGAUGUCAAUGACAAUGGACCUACUUUCCAGCACAAUUUGUACACAUUUGCUAUAUCAGAGUCAGCACCAGUGGGUACCACAUUGGGAAGAAUAAUGGCAGAUGAUGGUGAUGUUGGUCUGAACGCUAAAAUGAACUACAGCUUAGAAGAUCUUGAAGAAAGCAGCACCUUCACAAUCCAGACAGACCCUGACACUCAAGAGGGGAUUGUCAUACUGGCUCAGCCACUGGAUUAUGAGAGCAAGAGGCGGUUCGUCAUUGCUGUAGAGGCCAUCAAUGAAAACAUAGAUACACGUUUUAUGAAUGCAUAUGAGUUUCAUGACAGGACAACACUCAAAAUCACUGUGACAAAUGUGGAUGAACCACCCAUCUUUUAUGAAACCCCUUAUAAUUGGAAAGUUCAAGAGAGUGCCCAAGUAGGCACUCAAGUUGGUACAGUCUAUGCUAAAGACAUUGACACAACCAACAAUGCCAUAAGAUACACCAUUUUAAAGAGCAGUGACACACGACAGAUGUUCAAAAUUGAUCCCAGUAAUGGGACAGUGUAUGUGGCCAACCUUUUGGAUCGAGAAACAGCAGCCUGGUACAACUUGACCAUCAACGCCAGAGAGAACAGUGAUGAGCAGCUGUCCUCUUCAGUGUCUUUGCACAUCACAGUCCUUGACAUCAAUGAUAACGUGCCCACCCUGUCACAAGACUAUCAGCCCUAUGUGUGUGAGGACACACAGGCAGGAGAGCUAAUAGAGUUGAUCAGUGCCACUGAUGCAGAUGAUCCUGUAGAUGGCCAUCAUUUCUAUUUCUCCAUGAUCCCAGACAAACACAUCAACCCCAACUUCACCAUCAGAGACAACCAAGAUUUUUCACUCAACAAAUGUGAGCAGCACUGUGCUAAACAGUUUCGGCCAAGCAGCGAGUAG